AGCUCCCGUAUAUAACAUUCCAGUUUUUCUGUGAAAAUUUCCACACACCAUUCUCGCAUUCGGAAUACCCUUUCUCCGGUUUCAUGAGUUUAGGAAAAUGUUAUAACCUAACUACUCCGUAGUGAAGUGGACGAGAAUACUCUCUUCAAAAACAAACAAUGUCAUCGUCCGGGCAACUACCAAUAAGGCCAGCUGGAUAUACUGGACAGAGAAAGAACAUCCUGUAGCAGACUGACGGGAUGAUUCUAACGGAGCUCCUCCAGUUAUGCCAUAUCCGGAUCCCCGAAAGGGAGUAGACCCCAUUACACAGGGACAAUAUCAGGAAGGAGAAGGGAGAGGCCAAUGUCCAAAGACAAAUAAUAAUACACAAGGAAGGGAAGGGGAUAUCAUUCUUUAUCCACAAAAUCAACCAUUAUAUUCUGCCGGACAAGACUUCAGGGAAUGUGUACCUGACAUAGCUGAACCUCAGAGUAACAACAUACACUGUUACCUUUUAUUUCAUGUCAACUUUAACAGAGAGGAUACUUUUCAAGAUGGCUUGACAGCUAACCGUACCCCACAGAAAUUGUCGUCCGAAAGAUUUUUCUACACAGGUAAUGGUGAUAUAUCUCGCUGUUACUUCUGUGGGGGAGGACUGCGCAACUGGAAGCCAGGAGAUGAUCCCUGGGUGGAGCAUGCUCACUGGGUCACAAAGUGUUACCGUGACUGUAUUUGCUGUGUCCACUGUGGGAGAAUACUAAAUCCCUGGGUGCUGUAUGACGAUACCUGGGGAAUGAACAAUGAUGUAACAACUCCAUGUCAAGAAACUGAGAUACAAACCUCACCAGUAAAACAACCAUAUCCACCUAUGCAGGGAAAUAAACUACAAGGGCAGGCAACUCCAUGUCUAAACCAUCAGGGUCAACAGCAUAGAGAAUAUAAAUACAUUCUCACUCCAACUCAACAUCAGAUUCAAAGGCAGCAAAAAGCUUCUACAAGGCAGCAGAAUCGUAGAAUUAUCAAUAAAAAGACAGAGAUGUCAACAUUUUCCACAGUUGCCAUAAGCCUGUUCACACUGCUAAUGGUGAUGCCCUGUUGUUUCACAGUCAAAUUGAAGGGAUGCCCCCGCCCUGAUUAUAUUAUGCAUGAGAAUGGCAUCUGUUGUGGUAUAGUUUCCUGUGGAAUAAAUUUUACAGUUUCAAUGUGUGAAGUCAACUAUGGCAAUGACACAUGUGCUCCUUGUCCGGAAGGAAGUUUCCUUUUGGAUCCAACAACAUCAGAAACUGCGAUAAGAUGCACAGAACCAAGUUGUAUGAAAUAUAAAACAAGGCCAUCUCUGGUGAAGUCUACGACUUUUGAUCAGUUUGCAUGUCCUCAGUGGUGUCAGUGUGACCUCAGCUUUAAUUACUGUGGAACAGAUCCAUGUAAUUGUCGGAGCAUGACUUGCCCAUACCGCACCGUUCUGCAGCAGGAUUGUGGAUGUAGUCCGGUCACACCCAGUCCACCGAAACCUACGCCUUCAACUUCAAAGGAGAUAGCAGUGACACAGAGAAAUGUUACAACUCCUAAGCCUAGAAUCAAUGUCACUACCGAAACUAGUGCCUCAACUGAAGAUAAUACUCCGACCCCUGGUAGUGUCACACCAUUUCCACCUGGCACCACCAAGGCUUCUGACAGCCAGACCCCUGUAGCUAUCAUCCUCGGUAUUGCACUUCCAGUAUUACUAAUUAUUGUUAUUAUACUUGGAAUCUACUGCUUCAGAAGGAUGAAACGCAAAGGGGCAAAAAUGAAAACAUCUGAACCAGAUACAGCAAAACCAGGAAAAAUAAUCAAUCAUAAUUAUAAUAUCAGUGUUGCAAAAGCAGACUUAGUGCAAGUAUGCAAAAUUGCAACGAUGAAUAAAAAUGUAGACGGUUCUGAGGAUGAGGCUACCGAGAAUGGGGAAGUAACGCAGCCUUUGUUAAAUUGUUCACCUGUUAGGGAACAAAUCAACGUUGUAGAAACAGAGGCUGUGAUAGAGGACAGGCCUGACCAUACCAAGCCGGAUUUAUCUAUGGAUGGGCCGAAAUCUUCAUUACCCGGCUCAUCAAGCAAUAUUCAAAAUAACGUGGAAGAUGAGGAAACGGAAGUAAAAACAGUGAUAUCAACAAAUGAUGAUGCGAUCGAGUUACAAACUUUAUCUGAUAAAGGUAAACAAUCACCUUUGGUGGAAAAUGAGGAUACUAGCCUUGGUUUCUACGCAGGAGAAAAAGAAAUUGAUCCAGAAACAAAACUUGAAACUGUUGUGUCAGAAAAUCCCUUACCAGAUUCUCCGCGGAAGCAACAAAAUGGAGUUUGUAAUGGACAUGCUAAGAGCAGUAAACUGCGGAUGUUCACCGGGUUUCGUUAAAGGAAUAUUUAGUUUGAGAGCAAACUAAUUAACAGCUAUCUCCUUUAAACUGCACAAGGGCACCAGGUAAACUUGAAUUGGAGGGAGAUGACUUAUAUAAACUGUCAGCUUGCUGUCCAAUCCCUAUUUCACUAUGUAUUAUUGAAUGAUUAUUGCUGUUAAUACUGAACAAAAAAUUGUUUAAACUUAAGUUUAAAGAGAAAUAAAAAUGGAUAAAUAUUCUGGCAUUUAUUCAAAAGUGAAGCCAAGAGAAAAUUUAAGAAGCAUUACAAACAGUUUUUAUACCUAAUUUUUACACUUGGGAAAUGAAUUUCAUAAAAUUUGAUAAAAGAAAAGCAUAUUUUUUACACUGACAGACCAUUUAUGGUGUACAAUGGAGAAAUUUUAAUUCUUGAGGUUCAGACUUUUAUCUUUGAGACAUUUUGCAGGCUCUGUCCUGGACAAAAUUAAUUAAAAUCAUAUAUUGUGUAUAAUACAUCAAAGUUAGUGAAAAAGAAUCUUAAUCUGUUGGUGUUAUCCUGAGAUGGAUAUAAAAAGAUAGAUAAUUUAUAUACACUGUCAUAUUCCCAGAUGAAUCUAACAUUCCUAGCUGAUUUUGCAAAGUCAUGACUGAACCUAUACACAUUCCGUAAUCCUCUUUUAGAACAUUUAAACUUUCUUUUAAUAUCGUUUGAAAGAAUGGUGACAGUCAGAAAAGAAAACAGGAAAUUAAGUAAUUAGCUUGAGAAAACAGUGACUCUGUGCUAAUAUCUCUAAACACUUCUACAUUCAGGCUUUAUAAUUUUUGGAUUGGCCCUUUGGGCUGCUAUACUAUAGGCAUUGUGCUCGCACGAAAAGCCAAACAACCGCCUGUUAGAUGUAAGUGUUUGCUUAUCAUAAACCUGAUAGUUUGAUUUGAUUGUUUUGAUAAUUUGUUUAUGUGUUGUUUUAUGGAACAACUUUAACUUGUUCAGUCCAUUGUGGAUUUUGUUCAUGAUGGUCCCAGUUGUGCCCAGUUUUGAUGUAGAUAAUUUCGGUUUCAUGCGAUAUUCAACAGCAGUUAUCAUUCUUUAGACUGAGACCUUAAUGUCAAUUUGAAAAAAAAUGAUUUAAUAAAUAAAGUUAAUUUUUUGUAUUUCACAUAUUUCUUCAUACCCCCCCACCCUCCCCCCUGUUACUGUUACCCAUUAUUUAGACAAAGGACUUCAUGAUUAUUAAUUAUUUUUUUAUUUUUUUUUUCAUUUUUUUGUAUUUCACAAAAUUCAUUCUGUUGUACAGUUUUCAUUUCGUCACUCCCCUGUAGCUCAUUGGCGUGUCCAUGCAUGUAUCAUCGUCAAAAUCCAAGGGUUCCGCUUAACGCCAGUACGAUAUAUACCUACCUUCUCUGCACCCACAGAAUUUGUCAUGGCUAACGGAACACUUUAUGAGACACUUUCCAGAUGACGCAAAUAGCUUAAUCUGAUGUCUUUGUUACAGGUCAGAUUUGUCAUUGUUUUGUAAAAUUGACGAGCUAUAAAGUUUGGUGUCGCUCCUCUGUGAUCCACAAAGGACAGGUGUCAACCAAGUGUUUGGUCAGAUUUUUAUACCUGAAACCAAUCAACUACCACACACCUUCAAUUUUUAUCAUGACAUAUUCUACUCCCAUAACAUGAGAGGGCGCUGGUCAGCCUUUUUCCAAUCGGAUAUGAUUUUGCCGACUGCGACCUCUCAUUUCCGAAGCACUAAUUCUUUGAUGCAGUUUCCGCCCGAAA